UUUCCACUUUCUUUAUCAGACAUUAUCGCUGGUGCUGGGGGAGGAUUUGCAGUAAUUGUUAUAAUUCUGAUUAUAGUGAUUUGUGUGAGAAUGAGAAAGAAAACACCUGGAAAUAAAUCAGUGAAAGGUGAAUUAGAUACAGACCAUAAAAACGACGCCUACGACCAUGAGGCUGAUCUACCGUAUAAUCCUUUGUAUCAUUCUAACAAGUCAGCGGACGAGGUGGGAUACUCCACCGUGGAGGAACAGCAUCAUAACGCUGUACUGCCAUUACAAACAAACACCGACCACUCCCAUAACGCUAAAUCACCCGAGACAAACAAUCAAAAUAAAGACUAUACACCUGAUAUACCAAUGUACGCCAUCCCUAUUAAACCAAAGAAUACACCGACAGAGACUACAGGUGGCGCUGUGUAUGUCGUCCCUAAUAAACCAAAUAAUACACUGACAGAGACUGCAGGUGGCGCUGUGUAUGCCCAGAAAAACAAACCUAAGAAAAAUACCGCCCAGGCUCCCCUCCGAACACAUAACCAAGAGGGGCUGGUCUACAUGCAAGUUGAACACAGUGAUGCUCCGAUUACCCAGAAUGCACCACACUUAAUUAUAAAUGCCAGUACUGCCGAGAACGUGAUGUAUGCUGAGAUACAAAAAUAAUAAUUCAGACAAUGUGUAGGUGAGAUUAACAAAACAAAUUUCAUUGUCGCGAAUAUUUGCAGCUCAGUGACCAAGAUAACUGGACAGUGAUUGUGUGUUGGAAUCCACAACAUGGAGUAUGUGUGUUGGUUACUCAUUUCGUUUUUUUCUACACGUCUCAUUCAUUCUAAAGUUUAUAACACUGUGUAUUUCAAUCAUUUAAACCUCUAUAUGAAUGCCUUUUUAAAACAUUCUGUCUCCAAUAUAUGUUAGAUAUUGUAUACCCUUACACAUGUUUCAUUAAAUUACAAUUAUU